AUGGACCGAACUAUUGCACGCGCGGUGACCGAAAAGAAGCCGGUCCCGGAGAUCGACUUCACAUUGCACACCAUGGAGGACAACACGCAGGUGUCGACAAUGGAGCGGGUAGUUAAGGAGGUCCAAGCGCCCGCCCUCAGCUAUCCUCCGGAUGAUAUGUUUUGGUCGCCCGAUGACCCGUCGAAACCCAAUCUCCAGUACCUCAAGCAGCACCUCUAUCGUGAAGGGCGUCUUUCGGAGGAACAGGCGCUAUGGAUCAUUCACGCCGGUACGGAGGUUCUCAGGUCCGAGCCCAAUCUACUCGAAAUGGAUGCGCCUAUUACAGUGUGCGGUGAUGUCCACGGCCAAUACUAUGAUCUGAUGAAGCUAUUUGAGGUCGGUGGCGAUCCCUCAGAAACAAGGUACUUGUUCUUGGGCGACUACGUCGACCGUGGUUAUUUCAGUAUCGAGUGCGUGCUCUACCUGUGGGCAUUGAAGAUCUGGUACCCUGAUUCGCUUUGGCUAUUGCGGGGUAACCACGAAUGCCGUCAUUUGACAGACUACUUCACCUUCAAGCUGGAAUGCAAGCACAAGUACAGCGAACGGAUCUACGAGGCCUGUCUGGAGUCCUUCUGCUCGCUGCCGCUGGCGGCUGUGAUGAACAAGCAAUUCCUCUGCAUUCACGGCGGUCUGAGCCCCGAACUGCAUACCCUUGAAGAUAUCAAGGCUAUCGACCGCUUCAGGGAGCCCCCAACACACGGGCUUAUGUGCGAUAUUCUGUGGGCCGAUCCUCUCGAAGAAUUUGGACAAGAAAAGACUGGCGAUUUCUUCAUUCAUAACAGCGUGCGUGGUUGCUCUUACUUCUUCUCUUAUCCAGCAGCCUGUGCGUUUUUGGAGAAAAACAACUUGCUCUCCAUCAUCCGAGCACACGAGGCCCAAGAUGCCGGGUACCGUAUGUACAGAAAGACCCGGACGACUGGCUUCCCAAGUGUCAUGACAAUCUUCAGUGCGCCUAACUACUUGGACGUCUACAACAACAAGGCAGCUGUCCUCAAAUAUGAGAACAACGUCAUGAACAUCCGCCAAUUCAACUGUACCCCACACCCAUACUGGCUUCCAAACUUCAUGGAUGUCUUCACGUGGUCAUUGCCAUUCGUCGGUGAGAAGAUCACUGACAUGCUCAUUGCCAUUCUCAACACCUGCUCCAAGGAGGAGCUGGAGGACGAGACCCCUACAUCUGUCUCUCCCGUUGAGACAAACAACACGAUCGCCUCUCCACCGCCAACAGACCCCGAAUCCAGCGAGUUCAAGCGACGUGCCAUCAAAAACAAGAUCCUUGCUAUCGGUCGUCUCUCGCGUGUAUUCCAGGUUCUCCGUGAGCAAUCCGAGAGUGUCACUGAGCUGAAGACGGCGGCUGGCGGUCGUCUCCCUGCCGGAACUCUCAUGCUUGGUGCCGAAGGUAUCAAGCAAGCUAUCCACAACUUCGAGGAUGCUCGAAAAGUUGAUAUCCAGAACGAGCACUUGCCUCCUAGCCAGGAGGAGGUCAUUGCCAAGAGUGAGGAGACUCGCCGUGUAGCCCUGGAACGGGCCGAGCAUGAAGCCGCCAACGAUGCUGGCCUUGCCACAGUUGCCCGCCGAAUUAGCAUGUCUGCCGGUGCCGGCCGUCCUCGUCCCAGAUCCCGGGAUCCUCCCAACGAUGCUUGA